AUGGUCAAUAGAUUGAAUAUGGACGAUGCGUUCGAAACGGUAUGGGAAGGUUAUCGAAACGCCUGUUUCGAUAACCUUCCCACGCGCACUCUUCGCGAAAUCAGUCGCGUCGCUGUCAUCCACGAAGGAGAUGUCACGGAGUUGCCAGGCAUGACCUGCUUCCCAGACACUAAAGCUCCCAUUCUGGGAGCCUUGCAAGAAGCCCUGCCCCCAAUUCUGACCACUUAAGAGGG